AUGAUAGAAAAAGGAGAAUACACUAUUAUUGAUUUACUUUGUAUUUCACACUCCUUGUUAGAACAACUUAACUCUGACAAACCUUUAGAUAGCAAAAAUGAAACAAUAUAUAAAGCGGUAUUAGAAUUUAAUGAUAAAAAAAUAGUCGCAUAUUUUUUAGGAAAAAUAGAAAUAGGGCAAAAUUCUGUUAUUAGAAUAAAAAGUGACAAAGAUUAUCCACUACUUUAUGAUACAGAUUAUACAGUGAUACGGAAAACUAGUUAUAUAACAAAUAAAAGGUUAUUAGAAAGUCUUUUAAAUAAACAAAAAAGUAGAAUCUAA